GUUGGGCAGGCCUACUGACUGCUGCCUGAAGGUGGCUGUAAAGGGACUAAGUAAAUCAAUUAACUCCACAGUUUUCAAAAAGGUCUCUUGAUAUCAAAACUUCUUUCCUUACAUGCUUCUCUGAUCCUGUGGAGAUGAAAAUUGACAUCCAUAGUCAUAUUCUACCAAAAGAAUGGCCAGAUCUAAAAAAGAAGCAGACCCUGAGACAAGGAUUCAGAAACAAGUAGUUUGCUUUGGAGGUGAUCCCAGGAAACACCAGUAGAGUGAGGAAGUGAGACAGGGAAAAUAAGGCAGCCAGUGAAAGAGGUUUGGCUAUGAAGGCUGGGUGCAGCUCCAACACCACAGCAAGGGAGAAGCAAAGCUGUUGAAAGAUGGGAAGGUCUUCAGAGUGGUGCGAGAGAAUUGCUGGGAUCCAGAAGUUCGUAUUAGAGAAAUGGAUCAAAAAGGCCAAACCUGAGGACACUUUAAACCUGUGCCAGCUUUUAAACAACGACCUUGCCACCACCGUUGCGAGCUACCCCAGGAGGUUUGUGGGUCUGGGGACGUUGCCCAUGCAGGCCCCUGAGCUGGCGGUCCAGGAGAUGGAGCGCUGUGUGAAAGAGCUGGGCUUUCCUGGGGUCCAAAUUGGCACCCACGUCAACGAGUGGGACCUGAACGCGCGGGAGCUCUUUCCUGUCUAUGCGGCAGCUGAAAGGCUGAAGUGUUCUCUGUUCGUGCAUCCCUGGGACAUGCAGAUGGAUGGACGAAUGGCCAAAUACUGGCUCCCUUGGCUCGUAGGAAUGCCAGCAGAGACCACCAUAGCCAUUUGCUCCAUGAUCAUGGGUGGAGUGUUUGAGAAGUUUCCUAAACUGAAAGUGUGUUUCGCACAUGGCGGCGGUGCCUUCCCCUUCACAGUGGGAAGAAUCUCCCAUGGAUUCAGCAUGCGCCCAGAUCUGUGUGCCCAGGACAACCCAAUGAACCCGAAGAAAUACCUUGGUUCCUUUUACACAGAUGCUUUGGUUCAUGAUCCUCUGUCCCUCAAGCUGCUAACAGAUGUCAUAGGAAAGGAUAAAGUCAUUUUGGGAACCGAUUACCCCUUUCCAUUAGGUGAGCUGGAACCUGGGAAACUAAUAGAGUCCAUGGAAGAAUUUGAUGAAGAAACAAAGAAUAAACUCAAAGCCAGCAAUGCCCUGGCAUUUUUGGGUCUUGAGAGAAAACAAUUUGAAUGACUGAAUUUACUACAAUGGCAAACUUUCAUAAGGAUAUUUCAUUUUUGUUUCUAAGUAUGUAUUAACAGGUAUUAACAAAAUCCUAUUUUGAACUGUUUUACUCAGAAAUAGAAUCUCCAAAAUAUCCUAAAUUAUUCAUAAUAAAAAUGAUUCAUAAGUGUUUUCAUUCUGAAAA